CUGGAAAAGUGCAGGCUCAGGAUCUCUGACAUCGUGGUUUACAGAAGCAGCACAUCAUGACGACAAAUGCAACAAAUUGCACCAUGGAGCAAAUAAAAUUUCAUUACUAUAUUAAACUCAUUCCACUCUUUUUUCAUAUCCCAAUUUUUAUUUUUGGAGCAAUAUUUAAUGCCCUUGCACUGUGGGUGUUCUGCUGCAAACUGGUCAAAAGGACAGAAACCAAAAUCUACAUGAUCAAUCUGGUCAUCGCUGACUGUUCUCUGGUCUGUGUAUUGCCUUUUUUGAUAUAUUUCCACCAGAAGAACUGGCCCAGAGAUGAAGCAUGCUUAGCUGUAGAAAUAAUGUAUAUGGUAAACAUGUUAAUGAGCAUCUAUAUUAUCACUGCCAUUACAGUUGACAGAUACAUUGCAAUAAAGCAUCCUCUGAAAGCAAAGAGUUUAAGAUCCCCAUUGAAGGCAGCUGUUACCUGUGGGCUUCUUUGGCUAUUAGUGAUAAUUAGCUUGUAUUUACGUCGAAGAUCAGUGAAUGAAAGUAUAUGCUUACAAAAGAUUUCCACCAGACCAACAAUCUUUUUACCAUUUUUAUUUGUCUUUGGUUUUCUCAUUCCUUUAAUAAUCUUGAGCUCUUGUUCAAUACAAAUUAUCAAGACUCUUAGAAAAAGGAUUCACACAAAUCCACAUGAAAAAAAAAUAUUCCAGAAAAGUAUCUAUGUUGUUUCUGCAAAUAUGACUGUAUUUAUAGUAUGUUUCUCACCCUUCUGUAUUGGGGAAUUUGCUAGGUUUGUGAUGGAAAAUGGUACAGUUAGCUGCUUUGCUAUUCAGAAUGUUAGGAACUUUAAUUAUAUAGCCAUGUGCAUAGCAAAUUCUAACUGCUGCCUGGAUACCUUUUGCUAUUAUUUUGUAGCCAAAGAAUUUCAGGAAGCUUUUUUCUUUUCCAAAUCCAAUUGUUCUGGGACAAAUCAAACCUGUUCAUCCCAAAGGCAGAUAAAUGUAACAGUGAUGUAA